AUGAGCAGCUCCAGCGAAUUUGAAACACCGCCUAAAAGCGAAAAGGAGCACAAUUUGGUGGACGGCAACACUGGGCUGACACGUCAGCCCAGUGCUGCAGACUCCAAUAGACCAGAGCUCUUUCUCAACAGCGACGAUCUGGAAAAAGUGUCCGGAUCGGAAAUAUAUCCACAGAAGCGACUCUUUUCGCUGUUCCAUUCCCGCAAGAUUCCUCCCAUUCCAGAAGAAAAGGACCGCAAAGUCUACCCACUAUACCACACCAACUUUGUGUACCGUAUCUUUUUCUGGUACGUCUACCCGAUCAUCCGCGUUGGGUACAAACGUACGUUGCAGCCCAACGAUUUGUGGGUCAUGGAUCCACGCAUCAGCAUCGAAACCAUGACUCGCGAAUUCGACACGUAUUUCGAUGGUUAUGUCGAAAAAGCCCGUGCGCAGUACGCACAGGACCAUCCAGACGCCACGCCACAGCAAGUGAUCGAAAACACGGUUCUUCCGAAAUACACACUACUCAAGUCUUUACUGUGGACUUACAGAUGGCAAUAUUUCAUGGCGUUUGUGUUCAUGAGUCUGUCAAACGCCGCCACUGCGUUUCUGCCGAUGCUCACCAAGCGGCUCAUCACUUUUGUCGAGCGCAAGGCAUUAAUUUCAGGUCUAAAAGUCAAUCCAGGCGUAGGAUAUGCCAUUGGCGCCAGUGUCAUGAUGCUUUUGAACGCGAUUCUCUUCAACCAUUUUUUCCAUAAUUCCCAGAUUACAGGUGUUCAGGUCAAGUCGGUGCUGAUCAAAGCUCUAUUGCGGAAAUCGUUGAAGCUUUCAAGUUACUCUAAGCACAAAUUUCCCAACGGUAAAAUUACAUCGAUUAUGUCCACGGACUUAUCAAGACUCGAGUUGGCCAUCAUGUUCCAGCCUUUGGUGGGUGCGUUUUUUGUCGCGGUUACUAUUUGCAUAAUUUUGUUGAUCAUCAACUUGGGUGCCAUCGCUUUGGUGGGCGUAGGUGUCUUCUUUGCAGCUGGAUUUGUAUCCACCAUGGCUUUCAAGUCGCUCAUCAAAGUUCGUAAAGCUACCAACAUCUUCACAGACGCAAGAGUUACUCUUAUGCGCGAAAUCCUAAACAGUAUGAAAAUGAUCAAAUUUUAUGCAUGGGAAGACGCAUAUGAGCGAAAUGUUCAAGAUAUUCGCACGACCGAAAUUCGGAAAACUCGUUACAUGCAAUUCACGAGAAACUUUGUCACUGCUUUGGCUGUUUGCUUAACAAAUAUUGCAUCGAUGACCACUUUUCUAGCAAUGUACAAGGUGAACAAUGGCGGUAGAAGUCCCGCCAAUAUCUUCUCUUCACUCUCUCUUUUCCAGGUUUUGAGCAUUCAAAUGUUUUUCCUACCAAUGGCCUUGGGUACCGGAGUUGAUGGACUAAUUGCCUUGGGGCGUGUUCAAGAGGUUCUCCAAGCCGGUGAAGACGAUCAGGAUAUUGAGGCGCAUAUUUUGCCCAUGAAAGACGAAAAACUCGCUCUCAAGCUGGUAGACGCUUCAUUUCAGUGGGAAAACUUCGAAGCAGAAGAGGCUAAAGAGCAAGCAAACUUGAAAAGUCAACUGAACGAAACAAAGCACAAAAAAGGACAGGACGAAAUUGUCACGGCAAAAGAAACAUCGUAUGAAGAGUCACUUACGAAACAAGAGUCUAGUACCAUUGAUGAUAGCCCUAAUACAUUGUUCAAGGGCUUCGACCGUCUUAACUUUGACGUCGCAAAAGGCGAACUGAUCAUUGUAACAGGUUCCGUGGGUACUGGAAAAUCAUCACUUUUGAAUGCACUCGCCGGUUUCAUGAAGAAGACGAGUGGAGAUAUGUACAAAGACGGCUCGCUGCUGCUAUGUGGAUACUCUUGGGUGCAAAACGCCACGGUCAAAGACAACAUUUUAUUUGGUACUCCAUUCGAUGAAGCCAGAUACAAAAAAGUUAUCAGCGUUUGUUCGUUGCAGGCCGAUCUGGAUCUUCUCCCUGCUGGGGACCAAACUGAGAUCGGAGAGCGUGGUAUUACUCUUUCUGGAGGUCAAAAGGCUCGUAUCAAUUUGGCCAGAAGCGUCUAUAGAGACAUGGACAUUUACCUGUUUGACGACGUUUUGAGUGCGGUCGAUGCUCGGGUUGGGAAACACAUUAUGGACGAAUGUAUGAUGGGUAUGCUUGGCAAUAAAACGAGAGUGCUUGCAACACAUCAAUUGAGUCUAAUUUCCAGAGCAUCUAGAGUUAUUUUCAUAGACGUUGAUGGUUCGGUCGAUGUUGGCUCCGUUCAGGAAUUAAAGUCGAGACACACAGGAUUUGUUAAUUUGAUGGAGUUCUCUAGGCACUCUGAAACUGAAGAAACCCCUCAAGAAAUGUCGAAAAACUCGCGACCAGCUGCCAAUCGUAAUAAAAGUGAAGUGGAGGUCGCAGAAUUGCAUAAGCAACUCAGCAAGAAGUCCCAGAUUCAAGAUGACAACAAUGGUCAUAAUACUGGUCAGAUUACUGCUAAGGAAGAGCGUGCCGUCAAUUCGAUCAGCUGGAAAGUAUACAAGGAGUACAUUUCCGCUGGGGUUGGUAAGAAGGGAUUCGUUUUAUUGCCUCUCUAUGUGCUGUUUUUGGCCCUUUCUACCUUCACUCUUCUAUUCUCGUCCGUAUGGUUGUCGUUUUGGACAGAAAUGAAAUUCAAGAACAAAAGAACGCCUUUCUACAUGGGCAUGUACAUUUUCUUUGUUUUCUUCAACUACAUCUGUACUACAACCCAGUUCACAAUGCUCUGUUACAUUGGUGUAACAGCUGCCAAGUGGCUGAAUCUGAAGGCUGUCAAGCGUUUGCUGCACACCCCGAUGUCGUUUAUCGAUACGACUCCUAUCGGACGAAUCCUCAACAGGUUUACCAAAGACACCAAUACGGUCGAUUCUGAACUCACUGAAAGUGUACGGCUGUUCGUUUAUCAAGUUGCAAACAUUAUUGGUGUUAUGAUCAUGUGCAUUAUCUACUUACCGUGGUUUGCCAUUGCUGUUCCAUUCCUCUGCUUGGCCUUCGUUGCGGUUGCUGACCAUUAUCAAAGUUCAAGUCGAGAAAUCAAGAGAUUGGAAGCGUUGCAGAGGUCGCACGUCUUCAAUAACUUCAAUGAAGUUCUCGGUGGCAUGGAUACCAUUCGGGCAUACAAAAGUGAAAAAAGGUUUUCCAGAAAGUCUGAUUUUCUCAUUGACCGGAUGAAUGAGGCAGGUUAUGUGGUGGUCAGUUUGCAAAGAUGGGUUUCUGUCUCCCUUGACAUGAUUGCGAUGUCCUUUGCAUUGAUCAUCACAUUAUUGUGUGUCACACGUCAAUUCCAUAUUUCGGCUUCCUCGGUGGGUGUGCUUCUAACAUACGUUUUACAAUUGCCAGGUUUAUUGAACUCGUUGUUGAGAGCUAUGACACAAGGCGAGAACGAUAUGAACAGUACGGAAAGACUGAUUUCAUAUGCCACGGAGUUGCCUUUGGAAGCUGAUUAUCGGAGACCUGAAAUGAGUCCACCAGCUGAUUGGCCCCUUGACGGAAGCAUUGACUUUGAAGGCGUUAAUCUGGCAUAUAGACCAGGACUACCAGUGGUUUUGAAAAAUGUCAAUUUGCAAAUUGGCAGUGGCGAAAAGAUUGGUAUUUGCGGUAGAACGGGUGCUGGUAAAUCUACAAUCAUGAGUGCUCUUUACAGAAUUUGCGAACUUGAAUCUGGAAAGAUUUUUAUUGACGGUAUUGAUAUUUCAACUUUGGGUCUUUAUGAACUGCGUUCGAAACUAUCAAUCAUUCCUCAGGACCCUGUAAUGUUUAGAGGUACUGUUCGGAAGAAUUUAGACCCCUUUGGCGAGCGUACGGAUGAGGAUCUGUGGGAUGCAUUAGUGAAAAGUGGUGCUAUCAGCCCAGAAUUGGAACCUGAAGUACGCGCUCAGAGCUAUGAAAAGGAGGGAUCGCUAAGUGCCCUUCACAAAUUUCAUUUGGAGCAAGAAGUGGAAGAGGACGGUACAAAUUACUCCUUGGGUGAGCGUCAAUUACUCGCACUGACAAGGGCAUUGGUGAGACAGUCGAAAAUUUUAAUUUUGGAUGAAGCGACUUCUUCCGUCGAUUACGAGACUGAUGCUAAAAUUCAAGCUCGUAUUGCGCACGCCUUUUCGCAAUGCACUAUCUUGUGUAUUGCGCAUCGGUUGAACACAAUUCUUGACUACGACAGAAUCUUGGUGUUAGAGAAAGGAGAGGUUGCAGAGUUUGGCAAGCCAAGCGAACUAUAUGAUCUGGAUGGCAUUUUCAAAGAAAUGUGUGGCAGAUCUGGUAUUGUCAGAAGUGACAUCAAAUCUGCGAGUAAGAAAAACUAA